CAGCACCGCACGCAGCUCAGCCCAGCAGCACAGCCGAGCCCUUGACCGCACCGCCGACCCGCCCGUCGCCGUUGUCUCGUCGCCCGUCCAUCUCUCUCGACCCUCUCGAUCUCGACCACCUCCGGCCACGAUGAGCACGUUCGGCACCCUCUUCCGCGUCACGACCUAUGGUGAGAGCCACUGCGCCUCGGUCGGCGCAAUCAUCGACGGCUGCCCGCCUGGCAUGCCCCUCUCGGACGUCGACAUUCAGCCGCAGAUGACCCGUCGCCGUCCCGGCCAGAGCGCUCUCACUACUCCUCGCAACGAGGCCGACGCCGUCCAGAUCCAGUCGGGCGUCGAGGCCGGCGUCACGCUCGGCACCCCUAUCGGCCUCAUGGUCAAGAACAAGGACCAGCGCCCGCACGACUACACCGAGACGGACCACUACCCUCGCCCGAGCCACGCCGACUGGACCUACCUUCUCAAGUACGGCCUCAAGGCGAGCAGCGGCGGUGGGCGCAGCAGUGCGAGGGAGACGAUCGGUCGGGUCGCCGCGGGCACCAUCGCCGAGCGCUACCUCAAGAUGGCGUACGGCGUCGAGAUCGUCGCCUUUGUGUCGUCGGUCGGCAAGAUUCACCUCCCCGAGUCGGCGACCGACGACGACCUCUUGUCCGAGGACUACCUCAAGCUCCUCAGCAGCAUCACGCGCGAGCAGGUCGACGAGAACCCGGUCCGCUGCCCGCACGAGGAGACGGCCGACCUGAUGCAGGAGCGCAUCAUCGAGGCCAAGUCCAAGGCCGACUCGAUCGGCGGCACCGUCACCUGCGUGAUUCGCCGCUCGCCCGUCGGCCUCGGCGAGCCCGUGUUCGACAAGCUCGAGGCCAAGCUCGCGCACGCCAUGCUCUCGAUCCCGGCGACCAAGGGCUUCGAGAUUGGCUCAGGCUUCAAGGGCACCGAGUUUGCCGGCUCGGUCCACAACGACGCCUUCAUCAAGAAGCCCGACGGCAAGCUCGGCACCAAGACGAACCGGAGCGGCGGUGUCCAGGGCGGCAUCAGCAACGGCGAGGACAUCUACUUCAAGAUUGCCUUCAAGUCGCCGGCGACCAUCUCGCAGGAGCAGACGACGGCCAAGUACUCGGGCGAGGCGGGCGUCCUCGCGACUCGCGGUCGCCACGACCCUUGCGUCGUCCCUCGCGCCGUCCCUAUCGUCGAGGCCAUGGCCGCGCUCGUCAUCAUGGACGCCGUCCUCAUCCAAAACUCGCGUGCCUUUACCGCGUCGCUCCUCCCUCCUCUCGAGACGCCCCUCCCGCCCUCGAUGGUCAUCCCGAACGAGACGCAGCAGGAGAAGAUUGUCGACGACAUCGUCGCAAAGGGCCUGUAGUCGCGCGUGCGCCCUUGUAUAUCACUAUCUUGCAUUUCUCUCUG